CUCUUUUCUCUUUCGCACAAACACGUCUACGUAGCAAUAAGCAAUGACCAGAAAGGUGUCGAAUUUCUCCGAUCUGAUCCAAAGGGUCACCACCUCCUGCUUCCUCCACCCAUUCGACGAUCACAGGUCUGACGUCGGCGACAGGGAAGAGGAGUACCACAGCGGCUCAUUAGGAAACAGACACGAAGACGAAGAUGCCAACGAAGAAGGUUACUACGGUGAAGAAAAAAUGGUGAUGGGUUUGAAGGUUUCAAGAGAGGAAAAGAAGUUGAAGAAGAUGAGGGCGUUAAUGGAGGAGGUGUUCGAAGCGGUAUCGGCAAUGAAGAGUGCGUACGUGAGCUUGCAGGAAGCACACUGCCCGUGGGACCCGGAGAGAUUGAGGGAGGCUGACGUGGCAGUGGUGGCACAGCUGAAGAAGCUUGCUCUGUUGAGGGACAGGUUCCAUGGGAGUGUGAGUAGUGUUGAAGAAGGCAAGGGUAGAAGGAGAGGAGGAGGGCAUGCACCCUACGAGACACUACUCAUGAAAGAGGAUUUGCAACUUCAGAAUCUUAAAGAGAAGCUUCAGUGUGCUGCCACCCUCUCAACUCAUCAAAACAAAGCUCAGCCUUACACAAAGAGAAACCUUGCUUCCAAUAGUCAUAUUCAAGCGGCAGGGUUUGUAGCAGCACCAUCCCCGCCAGAACUCUUGGAAGCAACAAUGGCGCAAGUAAAGGAAGCAUCAAAGUCCUUCACAUCUCUACUCUUCUCGCUCAUGCACGACGCACAAUGGGACAUGGAUGCCGCAGUUCGUUCCAUGGGAGCAGCUUCAGCCACCACCACCGACAAAUACUAUAAUAAUAAAAAUACUUGUUCAGUAACCACCACCUCAACCACGGUCUCAACUCUUCAUGCCAAGUACGCCCUUGAAUCCUACAUCUACAAGAAAAUGCUCCAAGGAUUCGAUCACGAGAGUUUCUACAUGGAUAAUAGCACCCUCUCCUCCCUCCUCAACCCUGCUCAGUUUCGCGGCGAUUGCUUCAGCCAAUACUGCCACAUGAAGUCCGUGGACCCUUCUGAGCUCAUUGGAGGAGUUUUAGCAACGUGUAAUUUUGGGAAAUUCUGCUCCAACAAGUACCUUUCCAUUGUGCACCCCAAGAUGGAGGAGUCACUGUUUGGUGAUUUGGAGCAGCACAGUGUAGUCUCUGAAGGGAAACAUCCAAGGACUCGGUUUUACAAAGAGUUUUUGGGGGUGGCAAAGGGAGUGUGGUUGCUUCAUUUGGUUGCGUUCUCGUUUGAUCCUGUGCCAAGUAAGUUUGAGGCAAGUGCUGGAGCUGAGUUCCACCCGCGUUACAUGGAGAGUGUGCUGAAAUUUGCUGGUGGGACUGUGCCUCCUCGAAAGAUUGUUGGUUUCUCAGUUAGUCCCGGUUUUAAGCUUGGAAAUGGGUCUGUUCUAAAGGCUAGAGUUUAUUUGAUGGCUAGAAACUGAGGCUAUAUAGAGACUUAAUUUAAGUGCUGUGUUUCAAAGUGAUCAAAUUAAUGUUUGCUUAAUUAGCAGGACUUAUAUGCAAAGUUGUGAU